GUGCGGUGCGGUUUUUGACAAGAAGCACAUGUUUCGGUCUCAGUAGCGGUCGGCGAAGUUGUGCAGUGUGCUCGCAGUUCCAAAACUACAGCCUUUUUUCCACUUUCGCAGUAUUUUCAGUGUAUUUCGUUGUGUUGGGUAAAUUGUUUAGACACGAUGGAGAUUGAUUGCGAUAAGGUUUUGCACCAUGUGAGGGAUUUGCGGGAGAAAAUGCAGUGCAAGGAGUUGGACCCAUUUUCUAGGUUAAGGAAGCUGAAUUCCAUACAAAUGGACGAUAUCUGUGCCGUGCUGGGUGAUUUGUUAGAAAAUCCACGCUACACAGAGGAAAUCGGCCGUCGGUUCCGCAGCAUACUGUUGCUGAUCGUCACGAACGUGUUCGAACGGGAAGAAGAUGCGAAUGGCGUGAAGAAAACAUCGACGCAAGAAGCAGGCCACCAUAUAUACCGUAGGAAAUGCAUUGCCCUGUCGAAGUUGAUAUUGCUCUGUCCGGAUGUGCUGAGGUAUUCGACGCAAUUUUUCCGUAAAAAUCCAUCCCCAUUCGUUCGCGAUGUGGAUGAUAGUGAUUACAAACCGAAGGAGAAGCAACGCAAACAGCAGCAACAAAAGACCAAUCAACCGCAAGACACGAGCUUGGAGGUGAUACAGGCAUGCUACAGAUAUUUGAUGGCGGAUCGAGUUUACUAUGGUGCGGCAUGGAAUUGGUCGGAAUUUUUCGAACAGUACGAGAGCAAAGAUUGUCCUCGAAAAAGGUACUACCUCAACCGAAUAAUGGCGAUGGUGGCCGGCAUGUCCCAGACCGAACUGAACACACUGGACGAUGGAAUACCGGUGGAGGUGAUGCUGGAGGAGAGUGAUCGCAUGAACGAGUCCAUCUAUUGCCAGAUUGAAGAGAGCAACGAAACGGACGAUUCUGCCAGCAGUGCGGGUAAAAUUGUUUGGCAGUACGAGAGCAAUGUCGUGACCAAUGUGGGCGAUGUUUUGCUGCCCAUUUUCGAUAAAGAUAAUGUUCAGUUUUACCAACGCAUGGCAGAGUCCGAGUCCGAGCUGGUGGUUAGUGUGAAUUCUACGAAGCUUAAUCUACGCAAUCUUGCCCUCGGUGUGUCAUCGGGCAAAGCCAUCUGCCUGUCGGGACCGGUCGGAAGUGGUAAGACAUCGCUGGUAGAGUAUCUUGCCAAAGCCACCGGAAGAAUAGCCCCGAAAGGUGUCGAGCGGCGUAAACGGCAGGCGCUAAAGGAAGAGCUGUCUAAAAAGCGUAAGCAUAGCAACGGUUCCAAGGAGGCCGAGCUGGACGGCAAUGGAACAAUCGAGGUCGAUGUUGAGACACUGAAGAAAGAGGCACCAAAAAGUGGAUUCCUCCGUGUUCAGCUUGGCGAUCAGACGGACAGUAAAACCCUGCUCGGUCAGUACCGCUGCACAGAUACGCCGGGCGAGUUUGUGUGGCAACCGGGCGUACUUACGCAGGCCGUUAUGUAUGGGUAUUGGUUGCUGUUGGAGGAUCUAGAUUCCGCCACCCAGGACGUGUGCACUGUGCUGACGAAUUUGCUCGAGAACGGGUACCUAAGCGUGCCUGGAUUCCGUGACUGUCUGCACGUGAUGCCCGGCUUUCAGCUGUUCGUCACGUUGCGCUCCGGCGCUAAAUCGAACGCAUCGCAGGCUCACAGCAACACGUACAGUUUGCUGGAGAAAUACCUUUGCACCGUUACGAUAGUGCCACUGUCGAGGAAGGAGCUGUGCGAUAUCAUAUGCAUUCACUACCCGAAGCUACGCACGGUGGCAACGCGAAUUGUGGACAUUUAUCUGACGUUUUCCAGCGGCUGCCAUUCGGAUGAUGAUAAUCAGAACUUCACCGCAGAACAGUUGGCGUUGCUGGAGCAGCCCCAUCUGCAAGGGGGCGGCGAACUGGACCAAGCCAUUGGAGGGGACGACGCAUUACCCCGUUUCCAGCAGGAGCAUAGCGAAAAGCUAGCUGUAAUGCAUUUUUCGUCCGGAUCCAACCGUCGCCUAGUGUCGACGCGCGAUCUGAUUAAGCUUUGUCGUCGAUCGGAUCCGUCGUUUUCUGCGACCAGUGCCGAGUGCGCCUACUUUGUGUUUCAGAACGCGGUCGAUCUGUUCUGCUCGCACGUGCCGCAUGGUCCGGUUCGGACGAAGCUCGUCAAAGGAAUCGGUGGGAAAAUUGGUAUCCUUCCGAGCCGUUGCGAUCAUCUCUGCGAAGAGUACAAGCCGGCGGUUGAGGUGAGCGUAGGCAGUGAAAUUCGUGUCGGAAGAGUCGUGCUGAAGCGCUCGCUACCGGCUGAAGCAAACGAUGAAAACAAUGCCGAUGCGUCGGAUCAGUUUGAGCAUGACUUCCUCAACAAGCGCCAGAAGCUUGAUCGCAAUGCAUCGUCGCGGGUGAAAACGAUGCAACACCGUGCGGGAUAUAACGAGCCGGCACCGACCUUUUCCUUCACGCGACCGGCGGCAUGUCUGCUGGAACGGAUUGCCGUGGCCGUGUCACAGAACGAACCGAUACUGCUGGUGGGUGAAACGGGCGUGGGUAAGACGAGCUCGGUACAGUAUCUGGCCUACCAAACGCACCACAAGCUGGUGGUGGUGAAUAUGAACAAUCAGUCCGAUGUGUCGGAUCUGGUGGGCGGAUACAAGCCGGUCGAUCUGGGCUUUGUGGUGACACCGUUGCGCUACGAGUUUGAAAGCUUAUUCCGGCGUUCCUUUAACGCGCAGAAGAACGAAAAGUUUCUUUCGAACGUGGCCAUGUGCUAUGGCAGCGGAGAGUAUGAUGUGCUCGUGAAGCUGAUGCUGAAAAUAGCGGAAAAAGCAUCGCUGAAGAAGGCAGUGCAGGGCGGCAGCCAGAAGCAGACCGUUGCGAUGGACAGGAAAGAGGAAAAUGUGCGCGAAAAAUGGAACAUCUUGCAGGGAAAGCUACGAAAGUUGGAUGCACAGUUGAAGAAUUCGAUCAACGUAUCGUUCGCCUUUAUACCCGGCUCGUUGGUGAGCUGCAUACGGAACGGGGACUGGGUGUUGCUGGAUGAGAUUAAUCUUGCCUCAACGGAAACGCUCGAGUGUCUGUCGACGAUCCUCGAGCCGGAUGGAUCGAUCGUACUGCUCGAGCGGGGAGACUACACGCCCGUGAAGCGACACCCGAACUUUCGCAUUUUCGCCUGCAUGAAUCCCAGCACGGACGUGGGCAAGAAGGACCUGCCAGUGGGCAUUCGGAACCGCUUCACCGAAUACUACGUGGACGAGCUGUUGGCCGAGAACGAUUUGCUCAUUCUCGUGAACGAUUACCUUUCCUCGACGGGCAUACAGAAGGGACGCAUCAUGAACACGGUGAAGCUCUACCGGCGGCUGCGUGCGAUGGCACAGCUGGAGCUGAACGAUGGUCUCGGUAAUAGGCCCGUGUUUUCGCUGCGUACACUGUGCCGUGCGCUCUCGAUCAGUGGGAAGAAUCUGUGUGGUUCGAUCGAACGCAACCUGUACGAAGCGUUCUGUAUCAGUUUCCUCACCCAGCUGGACCUGAAAUCGCACGCCACCGUACUGGCGUACAUUCGGCAGACGCUUUUACCGAAGGAUAGUACCGGAGUGGUGCUGAAAAAACUUGCACCAAUACCGCGCCCGAAGGAGAAUGCGGAGAAACAGCUCGAUUUCGAAGGCUACUGGAUUGAGCAGGGUCCCCGAGAGGUACAGGAGUGCACGAGCUACAUCCUGACGGACAGUGUGCGUGACAAUCUGCGCGAUCUGGCACGAAUCAUCUCGAUCGGAAGGCUGCCGGUGCUGCUGCAAGGCCCAACGUCCGCCGGUAAAACGAGCUUGAUCGAGUACAUUGCAAAACGGAGCGGUAACGUGUGCCUUCGAAUCAAUAAUCACGAGCAUACGGAUCUGCAGGAGUACAUCGGUACGUACGUGGCCGACGUGACCGGCAAGCUAACGUUCAAGGAGGGUGUGCUGGUGGAGGCAAUGCGCAACGGAUACUGGAUCAUUCUGGAUGAGCUUAAUCUCGCACCAAGCGACAUCCUGGAAGCGCUGAACCGCGUGCUGGACGAUAAUCGCGAGCUGUUCAUCCCAGAGACGCAGGUGGUGGUGAAGGCGCAUCCUAACUUUAUGCUCUUUGCCACACAAAACCCGCCCGGGUUGUACGGUGGCCGUAAGAUGCUUUCGCGUGCGUUCAAAAAUCGCUUCAUCGAGCUGCACUUCUCGGACAUUCCUAAACCGGAGCUGGAGGUAAUUCUGGAGAAGCGCUGUCGCAUACCAAGAUCUUAUGCCGUGAAAAUGGUGAAGGUAAUGUCGGACCUGCAGCUAAACCGCCGUAGCACAACGUCCAAGCAGAACUUUACGCUGCGCGAUCUGUUCCGCUGGGGCAACCGUUACACGUACGCCGAUCCAACGCUGCUCGAUGAAAGAGGCUACGAUUGGAACCAACACCUUAUCGACGAAGGCUAUCUGGUGCUUUCAUCGAAGGUACGCAGCUCGUACGAGACGGAGAUCAUCCGUGAAGCACUCUUCACCCACUUCCGAAAGCGGGUCGAGGAAGACGCUCUGUUUAGGCUGUCCAAGCAAACGUCGAAAGUAACGCGCUUUAUUUUGGAGCGAUUGCACGAGCCCGCUCACCUGGAGGAAAACCGACCUGGUACGGAAGGAAUCGUGUGGACGUUUGACAUGCGUCGAAUGGCGGUACUGACGGCAAAAGCGUUGCAGUUUAACGAGCCAGUCCUGCUCGUCGGUCCAACUGGGUGUGGAAAAACGACCGUCUGCCAGCUGUUGGCAUCGUUGCAGUGUAGAACACUCCGCAUUCUAAACUGCCACAUGCAUACGGAGGGAGCCGACUUUCUGGGAGGGUUGCGUCCGUAUCGGUCCGAUCAGAGCGAUGCGGCGGAUGAGGAUGGCGUGCAGCCGGCCGGGCAGAAGAAACAUCAGCUGUUCGAAUGGUCCGAUGGUCCCCUGGUACAAUCCAUGCAGGAGGGAGGCUUUUUCCUUGCCGAUGAAAUUUCGCUCGCAGAAGAUUCCGUGCUGGAGCGCUUGAACUGUGUGCUAGAACCCGAGCGCACACUGCUACUGGCAGAGAAGGGCGGCGUAGCAACGGGUGCCAUUGCGGACGGUACAACGCCAGAGGGUAAGCAGACCAACGAUGGGUUUGUAAUUACGGCAACGAAAGGGUUCCAGUUUCUGGCUACGAUGAACCCUGGUGGUGACUUCGGAAAGAAGGAACUCUCACCCGCCCUGCGUAACCGACUGACGGAGAUUUGGUGCCGGGCAACGGAUUCGGAGGAUGAUUUGACGCGCAUAGCCGAGAACACACUGCGUCGCCUGGUGAUGGCGAGCAGUGUGGCGUUCCCAGUCGCAAGCGAAUCAAUGACACCGAUCGCACGCGUGAUCGUGAAAGAGGUGCAACAGUUGAAGCAAUCGAUCGAAAAGCUCAACUUCAGCAUUCGUGACGUGCUGGCGUGGGUUGGAUUCGUUGCAAAGAAUGCUGGUCGGGUGGGACUACCGGAGGCUCUGAUUUAUGGCCUGGAAACGGUGUUCCUUGACUCGCUGGAAAUGCUGCCAUACGAGACGUACGAUGAAAUUGUGUCCAUCCGACGGCAGAUGCGACGCGCGUUGAUGGCGCUUAUGAAGGAGUUGCUUCAGUGGGACGGCAAGAUAAACAUGGUGGACUAUGAUCAGCAGGCGACAAGUUCGGGUGGGCUUUCUGUGAUCACCGCAACGGAAAGCCGCUUCGGUAUUCAUCCGUUUUACAUCGAGCUGGACCCAAGCGAGCAUCAAUCCAAUCGGCGCAGUACGGAGUUCAUGUUCACCGCGCCUACCACGCAGCGCAAUCUGUUCCGCUUGCUGUCUGCGCUGAGUCUCGAUAAAGCCAUUUUGCUGGAAGGUCCCCCAGGAGUGGGUAAAACGUCGCUAGUGGAAAGUCUUGCCCGAGAGAUUGGCUACGAUGUCGUGCGUAUCAAUCUGUGCGAGCAUACGGAUCUGGCCGAUCUGUUCGGUACCGAUCUGCCCGCGGACGAUAGAUCGCUCGAGGUAUCGGAAGGUGCGGAAGGCGACAGCAACUCCCGACCGACGCUGGGUUCGUUUGUGUGGCGCGAUGGACCAUUGCUAGCUGCAUUGAAGGCGCAGCGCAACACCUGGAUACUGCUGGACGAGCUGAACCUGGCUCCGCAAAGUGUGCUGGAAGGGUUGAACGCCAUCCUAGAUCAUCGUGGCGAGGUGUACAUUGCGGAGCUGAACAAAACGUUCCAUCUGGGCAAGCGGACACGCAUCUUUGCGGCACAGAAUCCACUCCGCCAAGGUGGAGGUCGUAAGGGUUUGCCGCAAUCUUUCCUAAACCGUUUCACGAAGGUGUAUCUGAGAAAACUCGAACGUCGGGAUCUGCUACACGUCGUUGAGGGCAAAUAUAAGCAGCAGUUCAAUGCGCUUGGUCAGCGGUUGAUGGAAUGUGAAGGAUCGGAUAAGGUCUUGCAAUCGUCGGCCGUCAGUUACUUCGAGCAGCGGACCCCGGACCACAACGAAGGAUUAAAGUUUGACCUUGCGGAGCGGAUGGUUCUGUUCUCGGAACGUUUGGAAACCGGAUUGACGAACUUGGAAUUCGGCUACAAAGGUGGUCCAUUCGAGGCAAAUCUUCGUGAUAUCCUUCGCUGGUGCGAGCUGUUCUUCAGUGAGCGCUGUGGAUUUGUAGUGCCACAGCAUGGGCAGGACUUGAGUGGAAGCUUGAAACAUCAGCUGCUGGUAGUACUGUUCGAAAAGAUGAAACUAGUGUACUACCAGAGGAUGCGGGCAGAAUUAGACAAACGCUACAUUGUGACCGCAUUUUCGGAUAUUUUCCAUUGCGAUGGGGAUGAGCUGGAGCGGAUAUCACAAGACAUUGGCCUUUACUGGACGGAUGAUAAGCUGUAUCUCGCCGACAUUGUGCUGCAGAAGGGUGCGGCAAUGGAAGAUGCAGGAGAGCUUCCUUUGGUUGCGGUCAAACAGCAAUCGACAACGGCGGCUGGUGGUACAUCUACGCUGGUACUUGCCAGUCAGCUGGAGCUGCUGAAGAGUGUAGCAGAGUGUGUGCAGCUGGAGAAACCGAUCAUCCUGUGUGGUCCGAGUGAUUGUGGUAAAACGAAGCUGAUCGCUUUGCAUUCUACGCUGGCCGAUACGCUCUAUCAGGUGGACACGAUCGACGACACGGUGACGGGAAGUUUUCAGCAGUUUGAUUUCAAUCGUCAUCUGGAGGAUAUGGCCACACUUGUGGAGGGUACGUUGAGGAAGAGAGUGCGUGAAUUGCUGCUGCAGGAGCGUACUGCUGGGCUGACAAAGGGAGGGGCUGUCUUAACGCUGCUAGAAUGCUGGGAGAAGUACGAGAAGCUGAGUGAAGGAGCUGCCGCAUUCACUGGGAACAUUACCAGCCCGCUGCAAACUGGGGAGAUGGUAUUGUUUCGCAAGCGUUUAAGUGCACUCCAGAAUGCCAUCAGUGUGCUCGGUCAGCACGGAGGAUCGAACGUUCCAAUCAAUCGUCUCGGCGGUAUGUCGAAAGUGCUGGAAAAGUUGGAGUAUCUCUCCCGCCAGGUUCAAACGCUCAAUACAGGCGGCCAUUUCGAGUGGGUUGAUUCGAAGGUGGUGAAAUGUCUUCGCACCGGACAACACAUUUGCCUGGAGCAUGUAAACCUGUGCUCGUCCGCCGUGCUCGAUCGGUUGAAUCCCGUGUUUGAGCCAAACGGUACGUUGAUGAUAUCGGAGAAAGGUACCAUCAAGACGGACGCUGCCGGAGAUGACGAAAUGGCAACGGAGGUGGUUCAGCGGCAUCACAACUUCCAAGCGUUCCUCACCUUGGAUCCGAAGAAUGGAGAAAUCUCGCGUGCGAUGAGAAAUCGUUGCAUUGAGCUGGCAUUCGCUAGCCGGGAUGUGUACGAAGAGGACGAUUUGAGACGGCUGGUGUUUGCUAGCGGUAUCUACGAACCCUAUCUAAUUGAGGCUUGUCUGUUGAUCCACAAGGAGCUACGAGGCAGCUCCGGCCAGGCCGAGCAGUUCAGUCCAUUCGGAGUGGCACAUCUGGUGCGUUUCGCUCAGCUGCUGACGCAGAAUCUGCAGAAGCAGGGUAUGCAACGGAGCGCUGACUGUCUGAAGCUGAGUGCGAUGGACGUGUACGUACGCACUUCAAAUGUGGAUCUUCUCGGGUUUGGAUUGGACUUCUAUCGGAACGCGCUAAAGGAAACGAUCGAGAGGGUGAUCGAAUCGGUUGUGGUGAGAAGAAGCACGGUGCGGUUUGAAAAUGUUACCCUUUCUGCCGGAGGUCUCACGAAGCUGGCCCGCAUUAAGCUGCAAGCCGAACCGUUCCUGGCACUGCUUCGUGGUUUCGCGGAAGGUCUGGAUGGUGUGCGUGUGUUGGCGGACAUAUCGAAUCGCUUCGCGUCUAUUGGAGCAGAGAAGAUAGACAAAGGAUCGUUAAAGUUCCUGCUUUACUUUUUGUACGAAAUCAGCACUGGUGCUGAUAUUGAAAUGCGAGCAGCCUAUCUAAGAAGAGCGAUCGGCGAAGCAGUUCAAAUGAAAAAGGACUCAAUAGAACAGAAGAACUCUACACGUCCAAUCGGCAAUGGAAAUAGCAUACAAGUGGACAUAACUGGAAUGGAUGAGGAAGUUGAGGAAGGAAAACGCAAACGAAUUUGGGACGCAGCACCAUCUGGUAUUAAAUUUACACCUCAGGCAACGGGUCCAGAGCGCGAAAUCAACUGUAAAAGCGAGCCUAAAGAAAAUGGCGGCAAUUCAUCGAGGGAAAAGCUGACAAUGGACAAGGUGCUGAAUUUAGUCGUGGAGUUGAAUGAAAUUCUAUGUGGAAUAGUGCAGCAGAUACCGCAAGCAGCAGCAGCAGCAUCAGCAACGACGGAAGAUUUACCCUGGAAUCGUAAUCUAUUCCCAAGACUGCGCGAUUAUCUGGCAGCUAGCAGCGAGCUGGACCCGCGGAUGAUUAGCAGCGAGCUCCUGCUCAAUACAAUCCUUUCGCCAGUCGUCAUAGACUCGGUUACAAAGCUAAGCCAGAUCGAUCUACUGUCCUACUCGAAGGCCGUCCACGAUAAGCUGAUCAACGAUGGAAUUGGUAAUGGACUGUUGCUCAUGUUGUACGAUUUUCUUACCAACUAUCGCACGAUGGUUGUGAAAACGUUGCACGACACGCCGAUGAGUGACGAGCUGUACGUUCGAUUGAUCCUGUCCAAUCAAUGGUUGAAUCGAUUAAUCGAUUUGUCACACCGCAAGAUGUACGAGAACAAGGAGCUGAAGGCUGGAUUGAUGGAUAAUCUUACGCUGCACUUCCAAUGGGUCGAAAAACACUGUCUCAGCUUUCUAGAAUACGGCCCGGCGGAGAAUGGAAGCGAUGUGCGUAAAGUGCUUCGCCAAUCCAUUACUGAGCUGACCCAUCCUUUGUUAAAGGUUCGGAAGGCAUAUGGAAAGCGAUUCCUCGAGUACCUACCGCUGUACAGUGCUGAACAGGUUGAUAAGUUUAUCAAGCUGACGGGGUUGGCUGAUGAGCUAAGAUUGAUUCCCAACCUGAACAAACGCCAUACGUACGAGGAGUUCCAGCGCCGUGUGACUUUGCUGAAUGAUGUAAAGACGGUUGACCUGAAACGAUCGCUGCUGGCCAAGAUGUUUAACCGUCGUAAUUGUGCUUGGGUUGAUGAAGAGGAGGAAGACCAUUCGAAUACUUGCGACAUGCCCCUGAUCGACGGCCGGAAUGCGGAAGCACUCAAGAGAUACUACAAAUUGAUCGCAUCCCAUAACGGCACUAGGGGCGAAGAAACUAAGGAGCAAGAUUUGCAGCAUGUCAUCGAUGCGAUUGGUUCCUUUGAGCAGAAUACAAAAUCGCUCCCAGAGCAAGAAUGUCUUCCUACUGCGGCCAGGUAUGAGCUGGAACGCUUGCCACUGCUGGAAUACUUUGUGUACAAGGUGCUGUUGGCGUCCCGUGCCCGAAAACAACAGGAUAAGAUACGGAUGGACUUUGUGCUGAACAUACGCUCCCUAGGAAUCGAUGCACUGAGUGCGAUCAAAGCACAAACGGACGAAGAACAUCGUUUGGCAAUGCAUGCGCUUAGUUCGAUGUUGGAAUUGAUCGAUGAAGUUCCGUUCGAGCAACUGCUCACAAGUGUACCGCCCCAGCUGUACCGCAGUCUCAGCACGUACUGGCAUGAGGUGUGCAGUACGCUGGAACGGCUCGAGUUAAGUUCGCUGAGCAUCCAACGCAGCGUUUGCCACAACGUUGACAGUGAGGAGGUGUACGCAAUGCAUCACAACAACCAUGAGAUGGAUGCGGCAGACACGGCCACAAGCAGCUUCCGUGGUGCACUGCUCACGAUGAACUGUCUGGCAAUUCUCGUAGGCAAAGGAUCGUGUGGAUUCCGAGUAACGGGACUGGGAGAGCUACCCGACUGGCGCACUACACUGAGCACGAUAGCUACGAUUUUGUGGAGCAACACGCGCGUGCUUUCGAAGGAUUAUCGAGCGGAAAGCAGCAACCUACAGCUAGCUACCACUGUCGCUGGAAAACUGUUAAAGGAACUCGAUUACAUUGUGCAACAAAGUGAGGCAGUGAAAGAUGAUUCACAUGCAUUUGUGAAGGACUUCCUUGCGAUUGCGCAACUUUUACGCCAAUAUCGAGACCAAGUCAACGAACAGAAGGACGAAGGAGCGGAUCGUGAUCGUGACUGGCAGAUGGGUUCGUUAAUACGUACGCUUACCGGAGCGUUGGAGAUGAAUUUGUACGUAUUCAUGCCGUUGUUGGAUCCAGUGGAAAAGAAUCGUGUGAAGAAACGCUAUUUACAAGAAGACAUCGAACUGUUGGAAACGCUUGUUCGCACGUACGAUUGUAUGGCAGUGACGAUGAACUAUCGGCAGCUUGGUGAACACUACCGUCGGCUGUUCCUCGCCGAGAUGGAACGAUUAAAGGGCAAGGAGCAGCAUUUAACUCGCAAGGUAGCGCUACGCCCAGAAAAUGAAGUGCUGUAUGCCGAGCUGGUAAGGGAUGUGAACAAUUUCCUUCUAUCCUGCUGCCAUCCUGCUACGAUUGGGGCGCUCGUGAAGUCAACGGUCCAGUGUCUGGACUAUGUCGUAGAUAUGCACAAUGUGUUGAAUAAUCGAAAUCAUACACAAGCAUUUUUGUUGAAGGUAUCCGAGCUAGUCUCACAAAUCGAUCUGUGGAAUGACAUUGCACUUCAGUUCGAGCAUCACACCUUGAAGCGUUACUCUGCCUAUUACCGUGACUUUAUAGCUCCGCUGUGCAAUGCAAUCGCUACGUUUAGAUACGGGUUGAAUGGGCUGCGGCACUGUCUGUGUGCUAAGCGAGUGACAAUAGAGCAGAAACCGAACGGUGCGUUCUACGAUCUGAACGACGGCCGUGCGCUGAGAAAGAUGUUGGUCAAGUUCAUACAGUUCCCUUGCGCGAAGCCGCUCGAGCUGUUCGACGAUCGCCAUAAGGUGAACAUCUAUUCAGUGAUGGAGAAGCUAUCACAGCCGGAGCAGUCAUACUUCCGGCUCUUGAAAGCCCGUCUGCAGGAGGUGCUGAACAGGAUCACCGUCGAGCGGAUCGUCGGUGAGCGAUCGUUUGCCGAGCUCGAUCGUAUCGUGAACGUCUGCAAUCAGGUGUGGCAGAAGCAGGAGCAUCUGCGCCGGAAGCGACAGGAAGAGGAGGACAGCUUGUACCUUACCAAGUCGCACUGUGACGAGGAAAACGAGGACGUCGUAGCGCAACGGGAGAUCAGUGAAAUGUUCCCCAACUACGUCGACGAAGACUUUGCCGAGUUCAUACAGAACGAUACGCUGGAACAAAUCAUUAAAGCGCCGGCACGCAAGGAGAAACCGGCUGACACGAUAGGCGACGAGGAUUAUGCUUUGAUAUGCGAGAGCUUCAUUUUGCUGAUGGCAAAGCAUACCCGAUCGUACUAUUACCAUCCGGGCGUAACGUCGACAAAUGAGGGUGAAAACGUGUCGAUGGAUUUCGUGAAACCGUUCGAAACGAAGCUGGAAAUUUUCAACCAAAUCGCACACAAGUAUGAACCCACCAUCGGCAGUGAGUUCGAUGAGAUUGCAUACGGUGCGUUGAGUUUGGCGGUCGGGUUGCUGCAGGAGCGUUAUGACGAUCAGAUGGAAGUGAGCCAGAUAGAGCACAAAACUAAGGGCGGAACCUAUCAUGCGACCAAAUAUAAUUUCUACACCGACGCCAACAUCCCGGAGGUGCUGCAGUGCGUGAAGGUGUUGCAAACCGUCGAAGCACGUGUGCAGGAGUUGCUGCAGGAAUGGCCGGACCAUGCCGUGCUGAACGACAUUCUGUUGAUCAUGAAGCGCAUUCUGAGCCUUCCGUCGACUGCUCCGAUUGUUCGGUUCAGCACUGGGCUGCAAUUGCUGCGCCAAAAAAUGGACGAAUGGAAUGGGGUCGCUCAUCGAGCAAAUAACAUGCGCGAUCUGGAGCGGGAGGUGGUGGAGUACAUUCACCGCUGGAUGCGUAUGGAGCUGCAAUACUGGCGCGAAUGUCUAUCGCGAACGUUGGAUCGUGUCCGUUCCAAGGCGUACCGUUACUGGUUUUUCAUGUACAACCUUCUGCACGAGUAUCUGCAGGUGGGAGCAAAGCGAAAGGGUAAGCUGAGCCAUCUGCUCGACUACAACAAGGUAGAAAAGUGCUACGGCGAACAGGAACUGCUGGACGCAGAGGAAAUGAACGAGGAGAUGGAGGAGGAGGAGGAAUCCGGAGUAACGAUCGAGGAUGUUAUAAAGGUCCUAAAGCAGUUCAUGGAAUCGUCCAACUAUGCGGAGUACGGUUUGCGGCUUCGUGUGAUGAAGUCGUUCGAGCAGUACCUGCACUAUCUCAGUGAAGAGCAGUUCGGGUGUGACAAAGCCAAGCGGGACACUCUGAUAGCAGCACUGUACAACAUUCACAUGUACUUUGGCCAAUUUGCGGAAGAAAUCGAAGAGCACAUACGCACCAAGCGGGUUCCGAUUGAGAAGAAGCUGAAGGACUUUGUUAAGAUCGAAUCGUUCAACAAGGAUCUAUCGUACUUCAGCAUGCGCAACAACAUUGCCCGGGUGCACCGACAGUUGCACAAGUUCCUGAAGGAGUUCGAGACGGAAAUCUCAACCCGAGUAGCGCCCAUAUUUUGUCCCAAAGAUCCGGCACAGGAAAUCAACGAUGCCGAUGAGCAGAAGGUGAAGGUGUUGCGGUCUGAGGCGAAGGUGACGUACUACAUGGUCGAUGUGAAGAGUUUCAUGGCUCCGCGGAAGUUGAUGGAGCGGUUUUCGGUUAACAAAGCGGACGAAGCGAACGGAGCGCUGAACACUAGCGGUGGCAGUCAGCAAGGUUCGGUUCAGCUGUUCCAGAAGAUUGAUCGAUUCUUCACGACGGCCCGCAACGUUUGUCGCGAAGCGAUCCUGCACGCACCGUUCCCGGGAUUGGUGUACGGUCUGGACACGUUUAUGCACGAGCAGAUUGAAACAAUCGAGUAUUUGCGUGGCCUGGAGGUAGAUCGUACCCAGCCACGGCCGAAGCAGAAGUCCCAGGCCAAACAGAUCCUGAACCAGAAACGGAAAGCACUGUCGGACUUUUACAAAACGCUCACCGUGCUUGGACUGAGCUACAGGACGGGAUUGGUUGAGUCAGCAAUCGGUGGGUCUGAUCCGGUUGAUCCAACAAUUAAACCAUUCAGUUUGGAGUUGCUGACGCAUGGUUCGAGGUACCGCAAGGUAGACCAACACAUCGUGUUCCUGAACGAUAAGCUUAAUCUGUACUACGCCAAGUGUGUGUUUAAGAUUAAGCUGCUGUCGAAGGUGAUGCUGCAACCCGAUCCCGAUAUAGCCGGACCUAUCAAUGUGGAUCGCAUCAAGGGUUUCUCGAUCGACAUGUUCCUGGCGGUACAGAAUCAGCGGAAAGCUUUGUCAGAAAUGGUUGGCAAUGUGUUCGAGUUGCGAGAGCUUAUAGCCAACCUGUAUCAGUUGAACACCUGUCUCGAGGAAGAAUCGUCGAACGAUGACUGUGGACUACGUUUCGGAGAAUAUCGCCUGCGGUUGAAUGUUGUGGGACGUUGCGCCUUGGACGCACGUUUAGUUCUGGAACAAUUCAAACUGCUACUUGCUGCUGCGCCAAAGCAAGCGGACGAUGAGCUGCAGUUACUGGAAGGCAACGGUCCAACUGGCCUGUCGGAUGGAUGUUACUAUCGUGAUUCGGCGGAGUUCGGAAGGAUUGCGAAGCUGACGCAAGAUGCGCUCAAACAGACAGUGGAGUUGAAUGUAGAGUUGGAAAAAACUGUCGGUGAUGCUUACUGUAUGCGUGAUCGUAUUGUGCAGCUGGAACAGAAGCUAGCCGUUGUACGAGAGAAGCUGGUUUCACUGAAGGAUGCGUUUAAGUUCGCGGGAAGUGUUGAAAUGGAAGAAAACUGCUCAGUGUACGGUAAUUCUGUUGUUGAACUGUUGCAGCGCUUUGAACAGUACGAGAAAGAUGUCAUGGCGUCACGAUCUGCUGAAGAUAGCAACAUGCUCGAUGGUUCGUACGAUGAAGAUAGCGUGAAUAAUGAAAUCGAAAACAUUAUCCACUCCCUGCUGAUAGCGAUGCAAACGAUCUACAAGAAAUAUUCUGAGAUUGUUCCUGAAACCGCGGAUAAGAAUGAGGAAGCAACAAAUGGACAGGCAGACGAUGGAAAUAAUGCUGAAGGUGGCGACGAUGAAGAGGAGGAUGAAUCGGGCUACAAUUUGCAGGAACAACAUCUGAAGCAAAAGAUCAAUGCUGAUCUGUUGAGUGAUCUUAAGACGCUCAAUAUAUCGAAGGUGGUAGGCAAGCUGCACGGAUUGUUGGCGCAGCUAGAGGAAACGGCUGGGGAACUAACAUCCACCGAGAGCGCACGAUUGCGCACGCUGAUCCUAAAGCUCACUCGUUUGAUACCGAUUCUGGAGCAGUACAACCUGCUAGUCGAGUAUUAUCUGAUACAGCAGCUGGGUGCGCACAAGAUAUGCACCAAAAUGCUCUCCGUCAUGCUUACCGUCUUCAUUGAGCUGGCAACGAAGGGUUUCUGUGUGCCGAAGGAUCUGCUGGGCGAGGAAGCUCAGGAACAGGAGGGCGAUCAGAACAAUGAUGGUGAUAAGGGUGAAAAGUUUGGCUUCGAAGAUGGAGAAGGUGAAAAGGAUGCGUCGCACAAGAUUGAGAGCGAAGAUCAGCUCGAUGACGCUCGAAAGCCGGGCACGGAAAAGGAGAAGGAAGAGGAAGAUAAGGAUAACAAGGAGGAGAAGGGAAUCGAUAUGAGUGAAGAUUUCGAUUCAAAGCUGCAGGAUAUGGAACGGCCGGAGGGUUCGGAUUCAGAGGAAGAAAAGGACGAAGACGAGGACAUCGACAAGCAGAUGGGUGAAACUGAAGAAGGGGCAGAGAAGCUGGACGAUCAGAUUUGGGGAGAUGAUGAGGAAAAACCGGAAGAGGAGGAAAAUGAUAACAGCAUGGAGGAGGAGGACGGAACCGGGACGAACGAAAAGGACGAACGGCAUAAUGAUCUUGGCGCGGAAAAGGAUAAGCAGCAGAAGGGCGACGAAAAUCAGCAGGACGAUGGAAUGGAUGCAAUUGAUGAAGCUCCCACGACGGAUGAUAAAAAACAGAAGCGCCCUAAAGACAUCAACGACAUGGACGACCAGGACGGUCAGGAUGAGGAAGAGCAUGAGAAUCCUUAUCACAACGAGCUGGAGGAACCACCGGAGCCGGAGGAGCUUGAUUUGGACGAUGACUUUAAUUUGGAUGGAAAUGAAAAGCAGAAAGACGGCGAUGAUCAGGAGCAGGAGAAUCCGUUCGAUAUUGACGCAAUGAAAGAGAACGCAGAAGGCGAGCAGGAGGGAAAUGAGGAAGAGGAAGGCAUGGAUGAGGAGGAAAACAAACAGGACAAUCCUGCUAACGACAAUGGUGUCGAAUCUUCGGACGAGGAAGAAGAUCCUACCGAUCCGGAUGCUGCCAAUAAGCUUGCGGAAGAUGAUCCUCCUGUGCCGGAGGAAGAUCCUAACAAGGAGAACGCCGAUCAGCAAGUCCCAGGGGAGGAAGAAAAGAAGGACGAGCAAGCUGAUGGGCAGGAAGAGGAAGAGAAGAAAGAUGAGGAGCAGUCGAAGCGUGCAGAAGAAGACGAAAAGCACCAUGAAUCGCACGAUAAGCGUACGGAGGAGGAUCGCGUGGAGGCGAUGCCGGAUGCUGAGAACAAGGGAUCGAGCGAUCAGGUGGCCAACGAUAAGCCGGAAGCGAAACAGGAGCACGAGCUAGACGAACAGGAUACGGGCGAAGACAAGGAAGGUACGGGGCAGGCCGAGAACGAGCAAUCGGAUAAGGGCCAUCGAGGUAUUGCGGAAUCGAAGCAAACACGAACCCGCAAGGAACAGCAGCAAGAGCAGCAGCAGAAGGAGCAACGCCGCAAACAGGGUCACACCGAUGAGGAUCGUUCGCUGGGUGAUCCUGAUCAGGCGGAAAAGAAGCGCUUGAAAACGGUCGAACAGAUGAACCGGGAAGAGCGUCCGGAGGAGGACGCAGAGAAGGAGGAAGAUGCAAACGAGGAGGAGAAUAUCGAUGAUGAGUUCCAGCACGUAAAGGAUGCCAAGAGCGAUGACAAAACCACGAUGGAUAACGCAACGGAAGAACAGUCUAAGCAGGUUCAGCAUCAGGAGAAAGAGAAGGAGGAGGAGGAGGAAAAGAAGGACGAGGAAGAGGAGUGUGCCGAUCAGCUGAUGGAGGAAGAGGACGAUGAACCGCAGGAAGAGGACCUCGAGGAAAGGGAACUGCUGGAAAGUGAGAAGAAUGAAAACAAAAAGGACAAACCGGCCAAACAGGAUCAGCAAGCGCUGAAGGAAAAGAUGGAAACCGAAACAAAGGUGGAGGUGGAGGGUGAAAUAGUUCCCACGGCAACGGUGGCACGAGGUGACGAUACAGUGGCGCAUACGAUAUUCGAAAUUCUUCACGAUAUAACGCUGCCGGACGAUCCUACCACAAGCGAGCUGCUGGAAAUGCGCAAGAUGGUGGAAACGGAAAUGCAAACGUCCGUACUGCAGGACGGUUCGGUUGACCACGAAGCGUUCGAACAGUGGCAGCAAAUAUCGCACAAAAUGUUGCCCAGCGCGCGUGAUCUUUGUGAACAGCUGCGACUGAUUCUGGAACCGACCAAGUGCACCCGGCUGAAGGGAGACUACCGAACGGGACGGAGGAUCAAUAUGAAGAAAAUCAUCCCCUACAUUGCGUCGCAGUUCCGCAAGGAUAAGAUCUGGCUGCGCAGGACGAAACCGGCCCAGCGAGACUACAAGAUUACGAUCGCGAUCGAUGACUCGAAGUCGAUGGAUCACAACAAUUCCAAGGACCUCACACUGCAAGCGAUAUCGUUGGUGUCGCAAGCGUUGUCACUGCUUGAGAGUGGUCGGCUGAACGUGAUGUCAUUCGGCGAGAAGCCACGCAUAUUGCUAAAGCACUCGGAUCAGUUCGAUGGACCGAAGCUGAUUAGUGCGCUGAACUUUGCACAGAAUCAGAGUCGCAUUGCAGAGCUGCUAAAGUUUGUGCGAACGUUUAGCACGGAGGACGCAUCGGCGUCGGAGAAUGGAGUGUUUGAGCAUUUGCUGCUGGUGCUGAGCGAUGGUCGGAACAUAUACAGCGAGGGAGAGAAGGAGGUGAAGAAUGCUGUGAAGCUGGCCAGACUGCAGAGGAUCUUUAUCGUGUACAUCAUCAUCGAUAAUCCCGAUAAUAAGCAUUCAAUCAUGGAUGUUCGAGUGCCGUUGUUCACAGAGGACAGUUCGCAGAUCGUCAUGCAAUCGUACCUGGACGUGUUCCCCUUCCCGUACUACGUAAUCGUGAGGGAUUUGGGUCAGCUGCCGAUGGUACUGAGCGAUGCCAUGAGACAAUGGUUUGAGUUAGUCAAUAGUGAACAAUAAUGUAGAGAAGAAACUAUAAGUUGAUUCGAUGGUGUAGGAUAAUGUUAAAACUAGUUACACAUGCUAUGUGUAAGGUUGGCAGGGAUUAAAAUAAUUCGUUAAUAAAAAAAAUCUCUGAAUGAUA